UUACAAAGCGUCUUAAAUAUAUUGAUUGCGCCCGAUCAAUUGGUAUACUUCAGUUGGAAUUUUAGGACAUGGAUAUAAUAUUUUAAACUACAUGAAUCACAUGAAACUGUCCUGAAAGGCGAUAAGUUAAAGAUGUUUGUUUAGACUGAAUGGUCUUUCUAUUUAUAACUUCCGGAAUGACAGGCCAAUGCUAUAAACACUAAAUAUGGAAGAGCUAUCUCAAGAAGAGAAGAAUUUCCAUAGAAUACAACUCCUUACGGAGACAUGUUUGUUAAGGGCUCUAAGGCAACUUUUAAGACAAGGUCCCUGUAUAGUAAAGUCAGAUGGUACGUCAUACCUGCUCCCGUUCAGUGAGUUAAUUGCUGAUAAAGAUGUAAGAAGAUGCUUGGAUGAAUACUUCAAUCAUCGACGCGGAUCACCUCCAGGGCAAGGUCACACAUUUGACCUCCCACAUGAGAAUAUAAUUACCAACAUUGAUGGUUUGAAUCUUGAACAUGUCCUUUUUAUGGUCUGCCUAUACAUCAGAAAAGACGCAGAACCAAAGGAUAUUUUGAAAAGAUGUACAGAAGUUUACAAUGAUUUGAAUCAGAAACAACUGAGGUUGAGCAACGCAGACUUUGAUGCGAUGUUUGUGAGUUUGAAGUAUUUAUCCUUGGAUAUUUGGAGGACCAAGAAUUGAAACAAAACAUGAAUGACUUGAUACUCGGGUGUAAAAAGCAAAGCAUAAACACUGAUCUACCUUUUGCUAAUAUUUUCGAGAACAAGUUGAACAUCGAUGAAAUUAACACAAUUGUUGGCAAAUACUGUACCACACUCGAUAAAAUAGGGAUUUCAAAAACUUUGUCUACUGACUCCGGUGUGGGUAUCGAGAUACAAUCAGGACCAGAUGCAUACAGCAUUGACAUGCCAAAUCCACAUAAUGAAGAUCCAAAGAAGAAAAAUGAGGGUGAAAGUAUUCUUACUAGCCACAUUUCUUGUGAAUCAGGCUUCUCGGAAGACAUCCCUGAACAAGAACCUGAAGUUGCUAUAAUCGGUGUCACGACGAUAAACGGAGAGAACGAACCGACAGCAAAGAAAAGGCGGAUCGAUAUCACACAUGACAAGCUACCUGUGCCCAACCUAAGCCCCGAAAGUUCCACUGUCGUUGACGAAGAGAUCAUCACAUUAACAGCUGCCACAGACAACGAACGUGGUGAUAUUGAGCAGAACACAUCUCUUUUUGACACAAAUCACAAAGCGAAUGUUUUUGAUGAAUGUUCAGGACACGAUAAGCACACAAACAAGUCACCAUUAUUAGCGCAAUUAAAAGGUGCAUCUGGGCCUUUGCAAGCAAAGAAAAGACGGAUCGAUGACAUCAUUGACAAACUGCCUGUGUCCAACGUAAGCCCUGGUAUGUCCCAUAGCGUGGACGAAGAGAUCCUCGCACUAUCCACUACCUCAGGUCUUAUGUCUUCACUGCUCAUAUUUCACUGCCCAGCCGAUGAAGCCCUUGCACGUUCUAUAGCUGCCGGACUUGAAGAUUCAUUUGGAUUUGUUCCCACUGUGAUGGCAUUAACGACAAUGCAAUUGUAUGGUGUACAUAGCUUUCGGAAUUUAAAGGAUACGUUUACUAUACUUGGACGUGGUGUGCUUAUCGUCACGAAUGAUACCAGUGAAGAGUUUCAGGAUUAUGCCAGGAGAUUUGUAAAGGAACUGCCUCCAGAUUUGUCCGAGACGAUAGCAUUGGUCCUUCAAACAGUUACCAAAAGGGAUUUUGGAAUAGAGGAAUCGUUUACAGGGAAGUUACUUGAAUUCAAACACAAAAAUGAUGUCAACAUUCCUAAAAUUUCCCUUGCACUAAACGAUGCGAUAUCAGUACGCGGAUACCAGAAAGAGCUUGCCGAAAAAGCAUGUGAUGGACACAAUGUUAUAAUCAUGGCGCCGACCAACGCAGGCAAAACACAGGUAGCCUGCAAAAUUGUUGAGAUGCACUUCCAGAAUUUCAACACUAGAACGCCGAGAGUCCUGUUUCUGGUUGAAAAUGAGGCCUUAGCUUUGCAGCAGGGUCAGGUCUGUGAAAAACUGUUGCGUUGGAAACGAACAAAAGUAUUUACUGGAAACACACAGCGCUCGAAGAGUCAAUAUAUAUGGGAUUAUUUAGAUAAGCUGGACAUAUUCGUUGUCACAGCACAGAUUCUGGUCAACGCUUUAAAACCUGGUAAAAUAGAAAGUUUGAAAGAGUUCAGCCUGAUAGUAUUUGAUGAGUGCCACCAUUCAAAGAAACAACACAUGUACAAUGAAAUCAUGAGCAAAUAUCUGGACUUGAAAAUAAAAUGCGAUCUCAGCGGGUCGGAUCUUCCACAGAUCGUUGGUUUGACCGCUUCCCUUGGUGUAGGAGGAAAGACAUUAGCAGUCUACGGACUGAAAUACAUGAAACAAAUAGUUGCUAAUAUGGAUGCCAAGUUUUUGUGUACAGUUCGAAGUGAAGCGUCAAAGACAGAGCUGAAGAGAUAUGUCAGCGCCCCCAAAGAAGCGCUUAUCGGAGUGAAAAGCCGAGCCAAUGAUGUUUUUAAGAAAGCUCUGGAAGAUAUUGCACAGAAUAUCAGCGAAUACAUCAACACAGAUCAAACUGUCAUGGGAGCCUCUAUUGAAGACAAAGAGCGAUUACAAGACUGCAAUAUCCCACUGACCUUUGGAACAGACGCAUACCAGCAGUGGAGUUCUGAAUUUGCACAAACAAUUGCAAAGAUUGAUUCCGAUGACAUAAGACGAGUUCUUGAGCCAUGUUCGAAAUAUCUUGAGGUAUAUAACAAAGCUCUGCUAGUUUACAACGAUGCACGACUAACCGAAGCAAUGGCGAUUCUUUCAGAGUUUAUAGACGACGUUAGAGAGGUAGAGACUGACCAUUCAGCGGACAGUUUCCUUCUUGGAACCUACAAUGAUUUGCUACAAAGGACGUCUGGUUUUGAAGAUAGAAACCCUAAGCUGAUGAAGAAAUCCUGGAAGAAAACCUUCUACCGUUUACAGAGUCUCGGGGAAUAAUAUUUGUGAAAACAAGAGAGUUAGCUGCUGCGCUUUUU